UGUUUUCAAUUUCAAUCUCUUAAAUUUCUCAAUUUGCAAUAAUUUAUCAGCACAAAGGAGAGGUCUCUGUUAAGUUCUUAACCUCUUCGCCGGCUCGUGGUUUCCAGAUGUUGGGAAAAUCAAACUCCUCCUAUGAGCUUAUUACAAUCUUUUUCUUCGUUGCCACUUUUUGUUUGGCUUCGUUUUCACUCGCACAACAUCAAGUACAACUCUCUGAGUCGGAUCGGUUCGAUGCAGACGCAGACGCCGGAAACGGCACCUUUUCAAAUGUUUCUUCGGUAACUAAACCGAUGGAAGGUUCAUUUGCUGCUAUCAUCGAUCGUGCUCUGGAGAAGGAGUUCGAUGAGAACGAAAAAAACGAAGUAAGUGACGAUGCUGCAAGUUUCAACAACAGUGUAGCGGAACAGCAGGCUGUUUUGGAAACCGUUGCUAGAGUUAAGACGAAGAAAAAUGAUACGAAAGAGGAAAAAUCAUUUCAACUCCAUGACGUUUUCAAUCUAGAGAAUGAUAAUAGAGCUGAAGAUACACCGACAUUGAUAGAUCGAAAGGACAAUGUCUUCAUCAUAUCUAAUUUUAAAUCAAAAUAUCCAGUGUUACAACUGGACUUGAGACUGAUAUCAGAUUUGGUAGUUGUCAUCGUAUCUGCAACUUGUGGUGGCAUUGCAUUUGCUUGUGCUGGACAACCGGUGAUUACUGGAUAUUUGUUGGCAGGAUCUCUUAUUGGACCUGGAGGUUUUAACUUUGUCGGUGAAAUGGUGCAAGUUGAAACAGUAGCUCAGUUUGGUGUGAUUUUUCUUCUUUUUGCAUUGGGCCUGGAGUUCUCUGUUGCGAAGCUUCGAGUUGUUCGAGCAGUUGCCGUCGUAGGUGGGCUACUCCAGAUAGUUCUAUUUAUGUGCCUCUGUGGAAUUACAGCCUCAUUAUGUGGCGGUAGACUUCCAGAGGGUGUAUUUGUUGGUGUAUUCCUUUCAAUGUCUUCAACAGCUGUGGUGCUUAAAUUUUUGAUGGAAAAGAAUUCUAACAAUAUGCUUCACGGCCAAGUCAUCAUUGGCACACUUAUUCUGCAAGAUUGUGCUGUGGGAUUACUAUUUGCGUUGCUUCCGGUUCUUGUUGGAACUUCCGGUAUUCUUCAAGGAGUAAUGUCCAUGACUAAAUUGUUGGUCACAUUGGCUGCCUUUUUGGCUGUUUUGUCAAUAUUGUCUCGUACUUGCCUGCCUUGGUUGCUUAAACUGAUGAUAAGCCUUUCAUCACAGACGGAUGAACUCUAUCAACUGGCAUCUGUGGCGUUCUGCUUACUUGUGGCCUGGUGUAGUGACAAGCUGGGGCUGAGCUUAGAAUUGGGUUCAUUUGCUGCUGGAUUGAUGAUAUCAACAACUGAUCUUGCCCAACACACACUUGAACAAAUCGAACCCAUUCGGAAUUUUUUCGCCGCACUGUUCCUGGCUAGCAUAGGGAUGCUGAUCAAUGUUCAGUUUCUCUGGAACCAUGUUGAUAUCUUACUUGCAUCUGUUAUACUGGUUAUCACCGUAAAAACAAUAAUAAUUGCUUUGGUUGUCAAGGGUUUCGGAUACAACAACAAGACUUCACUGCUUGUUGGAAUGUCCCUGGCACAGAUAGGAGAAUUCGCUUUCGUUCUUCUCAGCCGUGCUACAAAUAUCCAUCUCGUUGAGGGUAAACUGUACCUGCUACUUCUUGGCACAACAGCACUUAGCCUGGUGACAACUCCUCUAUUGUUUAAGCUAAUCCCUGCCAUACUUCACCUUGGGGUGCUCUUACGGUGGUUCUCCCCCGAGAGAGAAAGUUCGAUCGAGGUAAUUACUAGUCUCAUACGUGCGAAGGAUCAUGUCCAACUGCCACUGCUAAAUUCAUAUAAAUUUUAUUUUCCAGCUUGGAAUUAAAGGAGAGAACCUCCGUUCAGACAGCGGAAAGCAUCGCAUUACAUUGAUGGCCCAAGAACCCCAUGAUUCAUGAUUAUUAACGUGUAAUUAAACUAAUUGAGAAGAAAAAACUCCAUAACGAACUUGAUCGGCCGUUUUUUGUCAUGUUGCAAAUGAAGUCUACCGAAUGAUCCCGUGAAACAGAGUUUGCUUUUUAUUUACCAUUUUUGGUUUACUAACCCUAUUAUAUUUCAUUAACGAAUUGAAUAGAGCCUCUUAAGCAAGCCAACAGCAUGAGGUAACUCUAACUGUUGAGCCAAUGCAUUGUAAUCAUUCAUUUUUUUUGUCACAACAUUUAACUUGUUUGCCUUUGUUGUAUCAUAAGUUUUGGGUGCUAGUUGUUCGAAUA